AUGGGAGGGAGGGGACCCAGACCCGACGGGAGCGGGCUCCAGACAGAAAGGGGUAGGCACUGGCCGGCCGGAGAGGUGCGGGCCGCCGAGGGGGCGCCAGGGACGCGGCCGUCUGUGGGCGCUAGAGGCAGGGGUGACAGGGCAGGUUUCGAGGGGGCGCAGCGUAGGACCGAAGGGGAGAAGGACGCCUGCGGCCCAGCACGUCCCCGGAGGCACGUCCCCCGCAGAGCUCAGCGGCCCCGGCGACCGCGCGGGGCUCCCCCUCUACGGCUCCCGCCCCACUGGGGGACUGCGACGGCCUGCUCCCGGGCUCGGGGCUCCGGGUGGAGAAGAGCGCGGACGUGCGCACUAGCCCGACACUCGGGAGGGCCGCUGCCUCCCCGGGCGCCUGGGACACCAACCCGCAGCCCCACCCAUCCCCUCGGGCCCCGCCUGCGUUUCAGCGCGCUGGGGAUGCAGUGCACCCCCGAGGCGCGACCAGGUCCCCGAAGCCCGGCGUCGGCCCAACCCGGAGGAGGCAGCAGCGGUCAUGGACACGCUUCCCCAGCCCACCGUCCCAGCCCCGCUCAGGGUCAGGACACCGCGUCCCGCCUGGGCAGGGGCGGCUCUGACCCCGCGAGAAGCAGGCCAUGCGUGGACUGCCACGCCUUCGAGUUCAUGCAGCGCGCCCUGCAGGACCUGCGGAAGACAGCCUGCAGCCUGGACGCGCGGAUGGAGACCCUACUGCUGCAGGCAGAACGCCGUGCCCUGUGUGCCUGCUGGCCGGCAGGGCGCUGAGGACCACGCUGCUCCCUGUCAAUAAAUGCCCAGUGGCACACCUG